AUGAGGCCAGUGAAGAUUAUGGAUAAUCUUGGCGUGCUGUCAUACGACGGUUGAAAUGACCGAGGUUAAUUUGUUUCUCCAACAUUACAGGCAUUGGCGCACAUCCGACAAAACGCCUUCUCACAGGCGGUCGUCGGUCACGAAGAGGGCCUCUGUUGAGGGGAUGCCUUCGGACACUGUUGGGACUUUUCUAUCCAGACUUGAAAUCCAUUUUCACAAAAACCAAUGUACGCAUGGGAGUCAUUCUGUCAGUGUUGGCAAUUUACACUUGGUCCACAUGUGUUAAUGAUGUUAUUUUUCCAUAUUUACUACUGUAAAAAUGUAUUUUUUUCCUUGUCGGACAUGAGAAGGAAGCCAAAAGGCGAACACCAUUUUUUCUAAAUGAAGUGACUUAAAGACAGGCAGGAAUUGCACUGCAAACGCCCCUAACGACGUGAGCAAAAACUGUCUGUCUUAGUUACCUAAGUCACAGACGGUAUAUUACAUGCGCCUUCGAAUAUAAAGGAAGCCGGCUUUCUUCUAAUAAGGCCUCCUAUUUUGCCCUUAUCACAAAGUUUGUCCAGUCGACUCUAAUGCUCUUCGGAGCAUUUGGUUGGAAACGAAGACGAGAAUCCGCGGAUAAAGGAGAACGGGAAAUACUGCAAGAGCGGUUUCAGUUUAUUUGUUUAUUUGAUAAAGGUACUAAACAAAGCCCUCCAUAAGCCUAUAAUCUACAUGCCGGCGUGUUAUGUACAGCGAUACACACCUUCUGAAAAAUUGUUAGUAUUAAAAGAGUGUUUACAAAAUUCAAGUUACAGUGUGUUUGGCACACUAAGACAUGCGAGCUCGGAGCGGCUCACCCCAUGUGAGAAAAAGUGGUGCGUAAUUUGGGGACGGGCCGUAUUUGACGCACGCAGACGGGCUGCUUAAUUAUGUCUUUACGUGGGUCCGAUCUCAGCACCAGUUUAUAGACCAAUUCUGACAAUCAGCUGGUUUACCAGAGAGGAGAUAGUGAGGUCGAGUCUGGGGCCUGCAUUCGCACGGCACUCAGCGAAUAUUCCUGAGUGCACAUACUCCGACGUGCAUUUAAUCUAUCACCAUGAGCUAAAAGCCAUAGUUUAGAGGUCUGCUUAAGGGGGGUACAAAGAUCUAAUCUGCAAUGACCUCCUCUUAAUGCAGCCCCUCCGGAAGUUGAACGCCUGUGCGAUCCGAGUAGCCCAACUCCCUUCGUGCGCAAACCUGGUGCGUUGACGGAGGCCAACUCGCGUUUGUUACACCAGAUGGAUUGCCAGUCACUGUGUUUGGCCCCACCUCCGGUGCUCCUGACUCCGUCUUGCCACCAGACGCAGAUGGGGAGACAGGGGAGAGUGUGGCAGACGCUAUGCAAUCCCGACAUCAUCAUACAAUAUUUUGACUAACAGUCGUCGUCCUGCGCCUGCCGGUCUGCAGGACACGGGGUGGACAUUGUAGACCACGAUAGUCGAGCUGUAAUUUGUCGGGUACAGAAAUAUGGGACUGGAAAAGUUGCAGUAUGGCCGCGAGACGAGUGUAUGACUACAACGCCAGAUGCUACUUUACGAAUGGUAGAAAUACUAGUUAGCUCCACAGUACUGAACUGCUCUAAACGUCACGCAUGCUAUUUCUGGGACCUCGGGAGUUAUCUAAUACCCUGGGAAGCAAUGGAUGACUAAAUCGCCCUAACCUCUGGUGUAGUGUUGAGCACCGACAACAGCAGCCGGAAAGGCUCUGGUCACGCUCAUGUGAAGGCACGAAUAUGACUUAGACUAAACGCCGACCGGACGUUCUGACUAGGAGGACAAAGUUGUUGACCGACUCAAGGAUCCUAACACGGCUACUUGCUCCCACUUCACUACCAUUAUUCGGGUUACAGCAUCUAAAUAGAUAGAAAUUGACUCAGAGGAGCAAUUCUCUCGAAGUUAAAUUAAGGAACGUAAUUCGCAUUGCAGGCGAACGGAUAUAGAAGACGUCGACACAAAGACCAGAUUAGCUGGUGCAAUGAUCAACUUGAAACAGGAGAUAGGGAAGACAGUUAGACGGACAGUUUUUUUUGCUGAGGUCGAAAGUGUACAGGCAGCGUCCUCAGCAGACAAGGGUGGGCCGAGGCGCAUGCGUCCCAACCUCGUCCAGUUGCGGCCAAACGGUAAAGAAAAAAAUAUCGAUCGGCGUCACGGCGUCCCAAGCGGGAGUGUGUCACGCGUGUCGAGCGGACCUUAGACGCAUGAAUAAGCGGCGCCAAUGAAAACAGUGAGAGCGGGAAGCAAGGUGCGGGCCGGCGCCAGUCGUCUAGGCUAAGCGAACACAGAAGGACCUGAGAUCCGGAUGUGGUGCACGACAUCGUGUUGAACCUCGCUACUGCCGAAUUGAUGGCUGACGAUUUUCGGAUGUUGGAGGAGGAGCUCCCGAUACGGGCAUGUUACAUAUGUAUGCAGAACAGAUAAGUUGUAGGAAGUUGAGCCACGAACAGAUAGAUUAGUCGUGCGGUCGAGCAGCCGGGUAUGCCGGAAGUCAACAGUGAACUCGAACUCGGCCAGAAAAUCGGAGCCGAGGAUUUUAUGAGGGACAUCGGCGAUCAGGAAGAUACAGGAGAAUAAACGACGGAGGCCGAUGUUUGUUGUGAGGGACGGGCUGCAAAACGUGGGGGUUUAGGACCAGUUGACAGCUCGGAGCUGUAGACCAGUGUUGGGGCAGCCGCGGUCGGCUGGAGUGAGAAGGACCCCUAUUCCCGGGCUCGACCGAAAACUGGACAUAUAGAUAUCGCACGAAAUUCCUUGCUCGUUCAUUCACAUGAUUCAGGGCAUAACUUACGCUUGUUAAACCUCCAUUAGAUAACUAUCUUUUGCAUUACCCUUCAGAGGAGAGCAAGUCUUUAUACCAGUGGGCGGUCUGUCGAAAGAUUCUUUCCCUCCACGUGAUUGUCGUGAGCAAACAUGACCACUUACAGAUGCACUGGCUGAUGGAGAAGCCAUUCUGAGCGAAAUACUGUGACGCUUAUGCAAAUAUAAACGACACGUAGUGAAAUGUAGUCAACAUGAACUGGCAUCUGUUGCAUGGGUGGAAGCCUCUGUGUGUGCGACAGUUUGCGUAUGCAUAUGAAGAAGGAGGCACGAGCGCUGGGACAAGAGCUUUAUUAACGAUGGUAGGGAGCGCCCACCGAUCGUUCUUACGGAACUCACUCGUUCCGUUGUGCCUUAUGGACUCUCUCUCUCGAGCCCAACCAGCAGCCGCACAGGGGCGCAUGAUAUAGGCAGGAUGGCAUUAUCGACAAACACAAGGGAGCCUGGAAUGGCCAUUUCUGGCUUAUUUGCCGUCGUCAGCCAGUUAUAACCAACCCUGAAGUGUGGCACACCCGAGGCUCGAACUCGAGACCUGUUUGUUAGAAGUCCACGCCUCUACCCACUGAACCACGAGCCCGUUGUGUGUGCCGCACUUCAGGGUUGGGUAUGACUGGCUGACGACGGCAAAUAAGCCAGAAAUGGCCAUUCCAGUCUCCCUUGUCUUUGUCGGCAAUAUCAUUCAGCUUUACAAACCUAACGUUUCGGAUUCUCAGUUGAAUGUAUGAAGUGUGUAAGUCGCGGCCGCUGUACCAAGCUCCGCGUUCAUCAGCUAAACAGAUACUGUCCGCCUCAAACGUUCUCAGUGACUAAGAGACUCUUGAACUUAUGAAAUCAGUCUUGCAGGUGGCGGGGGCUCCUCGGUAGACGCAGAGAGGCGAGUCCCAGGAGCUCUCGUCUAGCCGUGGAGGUCACGGUGGCAUCAUCGGAAACGACGGUCGAACUACAAAUGUCGUCUAAAACAGGAAAAUAAAAUUCCUCGUUCUUCUAUCACGGAGCACCUCUAAGGUAGCGGUCACUUCGUUGACCCCAAGGCUUCGUUCCGAAGAUUAGUUCGGGCACGAACAACUCGGACAUCGCGCUACUUAGUGGCAGCCUACAUACGGCGGGAGAAACCCGACCUAUGCAAACAACUGGACCGCGUGGUCAACCUCAGCUUUCCCUGGUAAAUCUCAAGCCCCUGAUUUAAACACCCGCUCUGCUUGUUAGCAUGCCCAUUUUCUGUCCCAUAUUGUAUUUUCGAGUUACCAUUUUUUAUUGAUUAGUUUGUGCACAUUAAACGGUGCCCUUGCUGUUUUGCAUUGAAUUUUCUGGGGAAAUUUAAAUAUCUGUAUCUGUCUCAUUCGUUAUUUCUGUUAUGCAGCGACAGGUCGCAGUUGAUAAGCCGUCGCGAAAUUUGUUGUUUCCAAUUAAUGCUGCUGUGUAUGCCUGUUUCAAAUUAUUUAUGGACUCACUGCCCUAUCGGCUAAUGUAAUACCUGUUUCGGUCUGAGCAUGCGGACCGCAUGUAGUACGAUUUCCUAAUAAAAGAGCAUUUGCACGUUCGCCGACUAGUCGAACCAGUUUUCUUGGACUCUACAACAACGGGAUCGGGAAAGUCGCCAACUACGUGUCUGAUUAAACGGUUGGCAGGGAACUGCACUGGGUUCUUUCUAAAACGAGUUUGCAGUCAAACAACAAUGUGGUCCAGUAAAUACUGUCACCCUGACUAGUAACUUGACCACUCAGGCUUGUCAGUUAUCGUUUCUGACUCUUUGGUGACCCAAAUGUGGUACGAAAAUAAAACAGCCAAAGGGUUUAUAGAUAUACUCCUUACAUAAUGUUUACUCGUGACCUAAUAUCUCUGCUUUUCCUGUAAAUUAGCGUAUCCACGCAUAGGAAAAAACGGUUGUCGGCACCUUUUCGUCAACCAAAACCAGGCGAAGAUUCUGGCCCGCUAUUGUGAAGUGGUCCUUCAGCCGUCGCAAUAUCGGAAUAUUUCCCGUCUUUUCGGGCAUGCUCCUCUUCCUGUGACUGUAAUGCAUUUUUCAGACAAACACGGUCCUUUGGAUCGGUAAAUUCUAUCCAAUGCACCUUCCAGAAGAUAUGACAUCGCGUAAUUCACACGAUGAAGUUCUCGCUGACGGAUUGACUUUACUUUUCAGUAAUUAGAAUACACAGAACCUUACCGGCCCAAGUUAAUUAGAUCCCAGCAACGUACCCUACUUAUAUACCUCUAUAUUGGGCGCAGCACCAAACGGUGUGUGCUGGUUCAAGCAAGGGGUCAUAACACCCCUCAUCGUCUACGCACAUCGCUCAACCUGAUUCCAAUAUACCUCGCCUUACCAUCAACAUCCCCACUCCAUUCAGUGUUUGAGGGGAAGCUGUGAUAACCACGCCCUGGCAUGGUUGACAUUCUUUGCUUCAGCGCUUGAACUCACGUUUACAUAUGCAUCAUUUAGUAUCUCGAGGUUACUUGAAUCUGUCGUGAGCGCUUCCACUUCAAGGCCGCGUCACCUACUCCCAGACGUGAGACCACCCAGACAGCCAACCUGACGGUGGGACUGAUUGCCUCGACGGCCUACCUCAAGGAUGCACACGUCCGUCCAGACACAGUAGUCCGUGCUUUCGUGUAAAUCAGCGUGACACAUGACUCCUGCUCUAGCUCCAGCGGAUCAGUCGGGGUGCGAUGAUCGAUAGUUCGAGGCUUCCUAAACCAAAAAUCGGGGGUGGGAAUGAUUAGACAUGUCCCAUGUACAACGAACCCUGUAAAAGCGCUGACAUGCGCAAUUAAUGCUACGUUGUUGGUCUUGGAGAAGGCAGGUGCAAUAACACGGACCGACAGACGCAUGGCGAGACCCCAUGAUAUGGCUAUGGCCCGAUUCUAUGGCCUCCCUAAGGUGCAAAAAAACGACGCUCCUCUCCGACCCCUCGAGUCGCUCAAAGGUACUCCAACGUACGGACUGGCUAAGUAGCUGUUUCGGCGCAUUCAAGUUCCUGACCGCUGAGUCAGACACCACGGUCUCUUCGUCAGCACAAUUCCUGGAGAAACUGAAAGGGGUAAGCCUCCAUCCAAAUGAGGUCAUGGUAUCUUUUGAUGUUACAUCCCUUUUUACUUCUAUUUCUCAGGACCUGGCGAUCGAGACAAUCGAGCUGCUUCUACAAAGCAAAUACGAUUAAACGGAGAAUCGUCUUGGACACGCCCAAGUCCUUCAGCUCUUGAAGCUCUGUCUCAGGACGUACUUCACGUUCGACGGCACAAUCUACGAACAGGUGAAGGGCACAACAAUGGGUUCGCCGGCUUCGGGAUUCAUCGCCGAGGCGGUCCUGCAACGGUUAGAGUCGCUGGUCUUCCAACACCACAAAUCGAGGUUCUGGGCCCGGUAUGUGGAUGAUACCUUCGUUGUCAUCGAACGGGUCAGGUGCUGACAUUCAAAGAACACCUCAACGCCGUCUUCCCGGACAUUCAAUUUACGAUGGAGGGGGAAGAGAACAGUCAGCUGGCCUUCCUGGAUGUCCUCGUAUGUCGCAAAGAUUGUGGUGGGCUAAAGACCAAAGUGUUCAGGAAAGCGACAAAUACGAUGCAGGUACUGAACUUCAACAGCAACCACUCAAUCAGCCACAAACGCAGUUGUGUAAGGACGCUCUAUCGGCGUGUCGAAACGCACUGCAGUGAGCCGGAACACAAGAUUGCCGAACCACAAUACCUCCGACGGGUCUUCAAAGCCGAUGGCUACCCGCGCAAAUUCGUCAACCGAUGCAUACGCAAAAAGGACGAAAGGCCUAACCGCACUGACACCAAACUUUGGCAAGCGUUUCCAUAUGUCAAGAACGUUUCGGAAGCUGUCGGACUCCUUCUCGCACCACUUGGGGUUGGAGUUGCACACAGACCGGAGGCAACCAUCAAGCGUCAGUUAAUGAAACCGAAAGAUCCACUGCCACAGCACGAAGCGUCUGGAGUCGUUUAUCGGAUCUGGUGCAGUUGCAGACAAAGCAACUAUGUCGGAGACACCGGAAGACAGCUCCGAACGAGGAUGGCCGAACGCGAUGCAGCGGUGCGGAGAAAUGACGUCAGCUCUCAAGUUGCGGCUCAUUCGACGAGAUCCGGCCACACACUCAAAUUUGACGAGGCCGAAAUUCUUGCUAGAGGUGACAACCGCGUGAGCCGGGAAUUGCUUGAGUCAUGGUUUACUGGCCCCCAGUCCAUUAACAAGUGCAAUUGCCUGCCCCUUCCAUACUCGGUGCUGAAACUUCGCCUAGGCGGAAUAAUUGGCCACGCGGGGAGCGCACAUGUGAAUAAUCUUCCCAACCUGAGGGUCGGUGGAUCAGAUGGUCGAGCCAUUAUCACACCAACAUCCAACGCACGUGAUGAAAUUGCGGCAAUCAACGACGCGAAUGUCAGCCAUUACACCACGUGCAACGAUCCCUGA